CUCAUCACUCACCCCUGGCCUUGCCAUUUUUCAGCCAUCUCAACUUCUUAUCCAGUCAUCUCAUCGCUAUCUGAAUAUUUCCUCAUUGAAUCAACACUGCCCAUAACAUACUGUACACUAGACCAACAGAAUCGACCGAUUCACCGCAAUGUCAUCACCACCCGUCGAAGAAUCCCCCGCGCAACGAUCUGCGCGCCUCCGCCGCGAGCGUCGUGAAGCGAAAAUCAGAGAUGGCGGCGCGGCACGUUUAGACAAGAUCACCAAUUCUAGCGGUCGCACCCCGCAAAGCGUCUACCAAGAGACCGCCCCAGCGCCAUCUCCCUCUCCCUCUCCGCAACCUCCAGCCGCCAUCUCCAGCCCCUCGCCGCCUCCCAUGCAAUUCCCACCCGCCCCGACCGCAACCGAUAGCCAUUACAACCGGCCCUCACCGGAGGACCUCCGAGCCCAGGAGGAGAUGCUCCGCGCACUCCUCCGGCAGCCCGCGCCGUCCCCAGGCCCCCAAGGCAACGAUACCAGCAACAACCCCCCGGCCAACCCCUUCGGCGCAGGAGGAGAAGAUGACCCGACCAUGAAACUCCUCAGCUCGCUCAUGGGCGGCCUGCCAGGCAACAUGCCAGGAAACAUGCCAGGCGGCGAACAACCUCCCAACGCACCCGCUAAUGCAGGGGGUCCUUCACCCGGCGAUCUCGCCUCGGCGCUGGGCCUUCCACCUUUCGUAUCGAGCAUGCUGGGCGCUGCAACCCGACAGCAGACCGACUCGGAGAAGAAGCAGAUCUGGGCGUGGAAGGUCGCUCACGUGCUCUUCGCGUUCGCCGUCGGGGCGUAUCUGCUGUUUGUGGUGGGAACGUCGAUUGCGACGUUUGGCAGCGGACCGCCGCCGCCGGCGACGGCCCAGAGCCCGUUCCUGUACUUUACGACCGGGGAGAUGGUGUUGUCGGGGGCGCGGGUGAUGAUGAAGGGACGGAAUGGCGGGGCCGGGGGGCUGGCGUUGGGGGUGCAGCUGUUUCGCGAUGUGUUGCGUGAUGGUAGUAUUGUGGUGUUUUUGUUGGGGAUGGGAGCUUGGUGGCAUCAGGAGUGGGUGGGUGUUUGAAUCAUUCCUUCCUCUACGAGAUGGUUUAUAUGGAGUUUCUUUUAUUGUCUACCUUUAACAUUGUUUGCUUGAAUGAUCAGCCCAAGCUUAGUCUAAUGAAUCCGUCAAUGACAGCGUUCUGCUCUAUCGAUUA